AUGAGCAUGCACACAUGCAUCUCUCUCAGUCUGAGAGUUGGUGGUCGUGCCGCCCUGAGCUUCCAGUGUGAGGAAGGGAGGGACCAGACAAGUCGGGCAGAAAGGUGCUGGGUCAAGGGGAGAAGGGGGCAGCAGGCAGCCCGCUCACGCUCUGGAUUCGUGAAACGCGUGCGCGCGGGGCUCGCGGGGUUGAGGGGUGAGGGCUGCGGCUUGACAGGAGCCGCCCCUCCUGUUGGUGGAAUUGGUUACAAAGGGAGCAGCCCCCCAGGCCGCCACACAGCUUCCCGCGGAGGCCUCUGUGCCCCUUGCCGUUUUCCAUCCGCGCUCCCACAAAGGCUGAGGCGGCUGGGAGAGGCGGAGCCUCCAGAGCUCGGUCGCCGGGUGGUCGCGGCAAUGACAGCUGCCCCCGACAGGCUCUCCCUUCCGAGCCCCUCUCGCUGGACAGGAGAGGAAGAUGUCGGUGACAGGGUUCAAGGCCAAACUGAAGUUGCUGGCUGUUCUAUCUUCCACAAGAACCAGGAGUCCAGCCGCCGCUCAGGGCUCCACUGCAAUAUCAGGUUUGUGUUUAAGGAGAAACUAACAAUGAAAACGGACUCGUUGACGGAGGAAAAGUUGGAAUGCAGCCUCUGGUGCUGUUUGAGUGAUCCCUCUCCCUGGGGCCUGGCUGCGCUGCUGUGUUCUGGAAAGGCCCAUUGUACCGUGGAGGCGGCAGAGUCUUUCUCUGUCACCAGGCUGGAGUGCAGUGGUGCAAUCUCAGGUCACUGCAACCUCCGCCUCCCUGGUUCAAGCGAUUCCCCUGUGUCAGCCUUCUGA